AUGAACUGCAUCGAGAAAUUGAAAAUUUUACGCGAUAAGGUUAAUUGGACGAGAGAAAACGAGCGACGUGGAUUGCUCAAGCAACUUUGUGCCUUGUCCAAAUUGAGCGAGCUAGCUUCGCUCGUCGAGUUUGUGGUCAAGACCGGCUACAGAGACGAGCCCGACGAGGUCGUCGAUAAAAACGUCGGCAAGGUCGAAUUGCGUCGUCGCACCACCGCGGUGCAUCGCGCGGUUACCUCUAGUCUCAAUCUCAACGACGCCAACCGCCGAUUGAUCCGCGAUCUGUUCCGAAUAUACGACAGAUUCGACGUGAAUUACAUCAACGAAUACGACGUGACGCAUUUCGAGGUGGCCUGCGUUUUUAGCUGCGACUAUGUUAUUGAGAAAUUCCUCGAGCUCGGCCAGGAUCCCAAUGGCCUCGCGCGACAAUCGGACAAACCGUCGCCGUUGCACUAUGCUCUGGCACGCCACUUCCAGAAGACGACCGAAUUACUGCUGAGAAGCGGCGCCGACCCGAAUUGGGCCCCCAGCUGCGGAACAACUCCACUGCAUUGGUGCUUAUUAUUUAGUAAUUGGAGGGAAGAAUCGGAGAUUUUCUCGUUCUUGAAAAUAUUUUUCGACAUCAACGACGAACUUCAUCAGCAGGUCAAGCUCGAUACCCCAGAAAAGAAACUGGGCCAGACACCGCUGCACCUUGCACUGCACUUCGGCCUCCAGAAGGUAGCAGAAUUGCUAUUGAGACGCGGGGCCAAUCCGAAUUUGGCCGAUAACGAUGGAACAACACCUCUGCACUUGCUUUGUCGGUGGUUCGACGAUAAAUUUUUGAAAAUAUUUUUCGAGAUAUGCGUCAAUCAAGUGGUGCAGGUCAACGUCGAGGACAAAUGGAAUGUGCGACCGCUGGACCGAGCUCUGGUUGACCGUAACAAGAAGGUGAUCGAGGUACUGCUGAGACGUGGUGCCGAUCCGAACUGGGUCGACCAGGACGGAAAGACUCCUCUGCACUGGAUUUGCGAAGGAUACUUUGAAGAAGUGACGAUGUCAUUUUUGAAGAUAAUCUUCGAGAUCGCCGACGACAAACAUCAGCUGGUGCAGGUCGAUGCCCAGGACAGGCGGGGUCGGACACCGCUGCAAUCAGCUGUAGAAAAACUUCAACCGUUUGUAGUCGAUAUACUGUUGGAUCAUGGGGCAGAUCCGUCUAGCUUCGUUUUUCCUUACGAAAGUUACAUCGGCAAGCGUUUUAACGUGUUUGAUCCGUUUAUAUUGGAAAAAAUGACCAGCGUGCUGAUGAUCGUCGAACUUCUAGAGAAAAAAGGACACAAUCUCAAUCUACGUAACGCUCUGUUGAUAUUAAAAACACUCGUUGCGUGCAAAUUUCUUGAUAGGUCGAUGAAUCCUGAAUUUUGGCCUAUCACCACAGAAUUCGCGAGCAAAUCAAAAGAGAUAAUGAUACGGUCCAAUGAUGAAAAUGAUAAGGAGGCAGCGAGAGAAGCAAAAGAUUUAUUGAACCGUCCGAGUCUGUCUCUUUACGAUUUUCUUCGGUUGCGACCCAAAGAGGCGGAAAAACUAGUUACAUAUGUUGACUGUUUGAAAUUGGCACGUUCUGAAAAAUUCAAGAAGCUUCCUCCUGGUUAUGAAUUGAAGUCGUGUACUGAGGUUGUGGGCCAGAUAAUGUCGAGAAGAUUUCGUCGGCGGUGGGCACUGGAAAUUUUUAUGGAGCUAUCAAGCUAUCAGUUGCCGAUUCUCUGCUGUGAAAAAAUAAUCAAUCUGCUGAAUGACAAGGAUUUUAUGAGAAUAUGCCUGACAGCAGAAAUUGUUCCUAAAGAAGAUACCUAAAAUAUGUCAUGCUGUUCACCAAGGGACAGAACGUCGAAGAAUUUAAUAUUUACAGCAUUAAAAAUAAUUAAAUAUCUUUGUCAGCGUUCAAAAUUAUCAUUAUAAGUAUAUCAAGUGAGAAUUGUAUUUCAUGGAAUAAAUAUAAUGAGUAAAAAAGUAAACUAGUGUAUACAGCAUUGAAGCAAUAGAUGGGAUUUGAAAUAUUAAUUUUGAAAAAAACCUUUCAAUCAU